AUGUCGGGCGACAACCACCCCCCGCUGCCAUCGGUACAAGAACCAACCGAAGCAGGGACGACGGCUGUUGCCGCCGCGGGUGGCGAGGCGCCGAUGGGAAUGAGCUCGAUUGCCGGCGGUGGCGUGGGGCUGGGGAUGCUUGCGGACGGGGCGGACGUAGAUGAUGACCCCGACGCCGUUCUUGCUGUCUGCGGCGCCCCCGGUGGGGGGGGCGGCGGUGGACUAGGGGGGGAGGCGGGUGACGGCCGUGGUGGGGAAGAGCUCGAAGCAGAGGAGCAGAGGUACGGGUCCGGGUGGGUGGUGACCCAGGCCUCCCUGAACGGUGUCGCGAGGUACGCCGGGCACGCGCUGCAGAUCAUGGCUCUCGUGCGGCCUGCGGCUCCUUCGGCCUUCGGGGGGCUGAGGCAGUUGGUGGACCUGUACCUGUACUGUGCCCUCACGCUCUUCUGCCCGGAGUGGGCGAUCGACGGUCCCUCUACGGCUUCGGCGACGAGGAGCUGGUGCCGACCCCGGAGGAGCAAGAGGCGCGGCUUCACCGCUCUAAAGUCCUUCCUGUCCCGCGUCAGCCACGACCUCAGCAACCCCAAAUCCGCGGCCGGCAGCGGAAACAACAACGGCGACGGGUCGAGAGAGACGUCACCAGCACACAGCCCAGAAAGAUCGUCAUCUGCCGGUGGGAAAGACGGCAACGCCAGCAGCAGUAGGACUCCCACCACCGGCGACGGCGACGAAAGGCGGCGGCGGAGCAGCAGCGGUGCCACCAGAUCAGCCACGCGAAGAAGAGGCCGGUCGGCUGCCGCGCCGUCUCCUACCGCCACCGCCGUCGCCGCCAACAGCGAAGCGGAGGUUACGGAAGGAGAGGCGGCGGUAUCAACGACCCUGGCCGGCGCCGUGGCUAGCCUAAGAGACAGGGUUGGCGGCAGUGGCGGCGGCGGCGGAGGGGGGGCCAAGGGGGGCCUGGACGGGCUGCUGCUCGCCGGGAGUGAGUCUCUCUUUGGCGGCGACGGCGGCGGUAGCGGCGGCAGAGACAGGGGUUCUCUGGAGCGGAGCGUGGAGUGGAGGUCGCUGGGGCAGCGCGCGGUAGCGGUGGAGUCUUGCCUGUUCGUGCUGCAGGUGCUCAAGGCGGCAAGGCGGAGGACGACAGGUGGGGCUGCGGCGGUAUUUGACGCAGCAGGCUUGGGUCUGCUGCCAGUGUCGCAGCGGGCGGCAGUGGACGCGUACGUCGCCGAGAUCGAGCAGGUUACCGCGCAGCUGAGGUCCUUCGCGUACUGGGCCCAGGCCCCCGGGCUCGUCGGCGGGGAGGGGAUAGCGGCGGCGGUGGAGGGCCAGUCGUGGACCCGGAAGAAAAUCAGAAACGACGCCAGCCCGUACGUCGAAGAGUGGAUCACCCGGUGCCUGCUCAUCCGCGGAGCCAUCUACCCCCCGUCCCAAACGCCGCCGUCUCCGCCGCCGCCGCCACCGGACGCCGGGAACGGAUCAUCCCCGGACGCUGACUCCGCCACCACCGCGGUGGAUGCACCAGCAGCAGCAGCAGCUGCGGCGGUGGCGGCGGCGGCGGGCACCGAAAGAUCGGCAACAGAUAGACGGGGACGGGGGGGGCGAGGAGGGUCUGCUGGUAGCGGCGGCGCUGGCGGGGGCACCGCGGAUGGGACCGUCGGGUCGGUGAUCCCCGCGCGCGCGCGGCGGCUGGUCUGGCGCAGGGUGGUGGACGCCCUGCUGCUGUCGCUGCUGCGGGGUUUCAGCCGCGUGAGGCGGUGCAGCACGGAGGGGCGGGCGCUGAUGAGCAUGGAUCUACAGGCCCUGGCUCUGGGCCUCGAAGAUCCGGCGGCGACGCACGCCGCCAAGGCUCACGUGCACGCCUACGUCAACGCGUUCUACUUUGGGGAUGAAGACUUGCACAAGUGGAUCAAGGAGCGGUGGCGGAGCUACCCCAUGUACCAGAUGGUGUCGCUCCUGCAGUGUGCGGACGGCGCAGUGGCCUCCAAGGUCCUCCGAAAGCGGCGGGUCAAGGACCUGGUGGCCCAGGUGGAGGCGCUCUACCUGCCGUGCUUGAAGGAAAGCGGUGGCGGAACCGGUGCCUCUUCGAGGCAACCGGCGAGGGCGAAGACAGGGAGCACGACCGGCACUCCCCCUGGUGCUGUCCACGGUGCUCCCACGAGCGGUGGGAGGAGCGGCGGCGGCAGCAGCAGCGGGGGCGGUCAUGAUAACAACUGCCGACCGCCAUCCCCCGCUUGCGAAUGAAUCUGAUUGGCUGGCCGUUUGACAGUCUCCGGGACGCCGAGCGCGAGCCCGACACGGUGGUCGGUUGUUGUCCGCGGCUGCUGCUGCUUGUUGUUACCGCUGUGGUCCGGAAAGAGCUCGACCUACGUGCCCCACUCCCUCUCGCGGAUCGGUGAACGGAGACUACGGAGGUUUUAUUCGUCAUCUGUUGUUCCGCACGUAGGAUGGGACUGGAUUCUCUCCGCGUGAGUGCUUUUUUGAAGGAUGUUGUUGUUGUCCUUUCAUCAAAACCGGUGGGACCGCUUGUUCAGUGCGUACGUGCUCUUGUUGCCUGCGCGUCAUCGCCAUUUUUCCGUGGUCACGAGAGCUAGUCAACACGACGUAUGGCGAUGUAAAUAGAAAAGGACUCGUGACCAACGAAUUUCUUUGUUCCAGAAAUAUAUCACAUGAUAUCGUUCUUCGUGUAUUCGAAUUUGGGUGGAAUUUGCACCGCAUGAAGGUGCACCUGCGGGUGUUAGUUUGUUCGCUGAUAUAGCGUGGCUGCGGCAGUGACGUGUAGUAGACAAAGGGGCUGCCGCACACCAGCGCCAAGACGACGAAAGUCAAAGGCACGACAAACGAAGGACGGGGGGCUCGACUAACUCCCACCUUUGGUCAUCCAGAGCUACAAAGAAGAACGAAUGAUGGUUCCUCAGCGGUAACAGCAGCAAGC